AUGGAUACAUACGUAUCGGAACAAGAAACUACUUACGACUUAAUACGGAAGAUAGGAAUAAACUUCAAAAAGCAAGGAAAAACACGCAUUACGAAAGGCUACGUACAAGCAAGAAUCGACACACUUAACGAGUAUUGGCAGAAAUUCCAGACAAACCAUUUCCAAAUUGUUAAAUAUGCAACGAGCGCUCAAAGAAAAGAACAUGUUUAUUUCGUCAACGACAUUUAUUCUGUUGGAGAAGAAGAGUAUUUUAUGAUAAAAGGAGAAUUGUCAGAUACUAUUGAUCUGUUCAACAAAUCUACCGCUGUGAGAGAGAACCCGCAACCGCAUCCGCAGAAUAACACGUCAGAUGUAAACAAGCAAUCUACGCAAGAUGUAAAACUUCCCAAAGUAAUACUGCCUCAAUUCUCGGGAAAUUAUGAAGAAUGGACAUCUUUUCGAGACCUAUAUACGUCACUCGUUCACAACAAACCAUCUUUGAGCAAGGUACAAAAACUUCAUUAUUUGAAAUCAAGUGUCACUGGUGAAGCUGAACAAUUAUUGAAGCAUCUACAAAUAACCGAGAAAAACUAUGAUGUCGCAUGGGAAACUUUAGACAAGAGGUACAACAACAAACGCAUGAUAGUGAAUACAAUCUUGAAUAGAUUUAUGAAUCAGAAGAGAGUAUACAACGGCACUUCCAAAUCUAUUAGAGAACUUCUCGAUACUACUCAAGAAUGUCUGAACAGUCUUAAAAACAACGACGUGAAGAUAAACGAGUGGGAUACAAUUGUUAUUCACAUUAUUCUUAACAAAUUGGAUGAAGAGACACGCAAACAGUGGGAAGAGGAGAUAAGCACGCUACCUGUACAAGAGUUGCCGAAACUUGAGAAGUUAACAACCUUCUUAGACACACGUUUCAGAGUGUUAGAAAUGAUUCCGUCGACAACUUAUUCGAAGGACAGAGAGAGAGCUAUCGUGAGACAAAGAUCCUUUCUAACAAGCCCCGCUACAACUACAGUACAAUGUUCCUACUGCAAGCAAGACCAUUUGAACUAUCUAUGCAAAGAAUUUGCAAAUUUAGAUGUCAACAAUAGAGUUCAACACGUCCAAAAGGAGAGACUAUGCUUCAACUGCUUGUCAUCAAAACAUAAUGUGAAAAACUGUAAAUCCAAAGUAUCCUGUCAUCAUUGCCAAAGAAGACAUCAUUCUUUACUUCAUUUUGAGAAUCAAACCGCUGAAGAGAGAGAGAACAAUCAACAAUCCACAUCGAAAGCACCCGCAUCCAAUUUAAACUAUACCAUGAGAGAAGAGUCUACCACUAAAACUUCAGAAACACCAAAACUGAGAAAUUAUCUUAUCACUCAGAGUCAUACUGCACUAAUGGCUACCGCACUAGUAAAUAUCAAGGCCGGCCAUGGUAUGCAAGUACUACGAGCACUCAUUGAUCCCUGUUCUCAAGAGUCGUUCAUAAGUGAAGCAACUGUUAGAAAACUACAACUUCGAAGAAAAACAGUUGAUGGAUUAAUUACCGGAGUGGGUAACAUGUCAACUACAAUCAAAUCCGCUACAAACAUAGAGAUUUACUCAAGAUUCGACAACAACUUCAAAGCUGACUGCACAGCCUACAUUGUUGAAGAUGUCACUGACAUAAUGCCAGAAGUCCCAAUCAAUCCACAGAAAUGGAGUCAUCUGCAACACCUGUCACUGGCAGAUCCAACUUAUCAUACACCAAGCAACAUUGAUUUACUACUUGGAGUUCAUAUCUACUCAGACAUCUUAAUGAAUGGAGUGAUUAAAGGAGAACCAGGUACUCCCAUAGCACAACAAACACGCUUGGGAUAUAUACUGUCAGGAGGUCAUUUGACAAACAACCGCACAAGAGAAUUCAAAACCAUGCAUCUGAACAUAACUUUAGAGGAGAUGGUAGAAAAAUUUUGGGAGACAGAGAGAUUAGAGUCAGAGGAAAACGACACUCUCACCCCACAAGAACUUAGAGCUGAGAAAAUACUAUCAAGAAGUGUAGAUUUCGCAGGUCCAGUCAACGUGCGCAUGAGCCCUGGACGAGGAACGAAAACGUUCAAAGCAUACAUAUGUAUUUUCAUCUGCAUGGUAACUAAAGCUAUACACAUAGAAUGUGUGAGUAACAUGACAAUGGAAGCGUUCAUGGCUGCAUUUCGAAGAUUUACAUCACGAAGAGGAUUCGUCAAAGAGAUGUGGAGCGACCACGGUACUAAUUUCAUUGCAUCGAGCAAAGAAAUACUAGAGACUUGGAGACUUGGCAAAUCAACGAUCCCAGUUGAACUAGCAGCCUUACUAGACACUGAAGGUACCAAGUGGAAGUUCAUCCCUCCUGGAUCACCAAAUCACGGGGGAUUAUGGGAAGCGGGGGUGAAGAGUUCGAAAUUCCAUCUAAAGAGAACCCUCGGAGAUACUACACCUACCUUCGAAGAAUUAUCAACGCUUCUGAACCAGAUCGAAGCUUGUCUUAACUCGAGACCCUUAUCACCGCUGAGCGAUCAUCCUGAUGACCUAGAGCCGUUGACACCAGCACACUUUCUUGUCGGAGAACCAUUAGUCACAAUACCAGAGAGAGAUUUGACUCAACAUAAAGCAAAUUCCCUAUCGAGAUGGCAAAAUAUGCAAAGAAUGUUACAGAUAUUUUGGCGAAAAUGGCAAACAGAAUUUCUUACAAGAUUACAAGAGAGACCUAAGUGGAAAAUUAGACAACAAGAGUUCAACGUCGGAGAUUUAGUGUUAAUCAAAGACUAUAGAUUACCUCCUAGUAAAUGGCUACUAGGUAGAGUGUUACUGAAACAUCCUGGAAAAGAUAAUGUUACGCGAGUCUACGACGUCCGCACAGCAACUGGAGUGUUAACUAGAUCGAUUUCGAAGCUGUGCCCACUACCAGAUGUUGGAAGAAAGGAUUCUGCUGUUCUUCAGGCGGGAGAAUGUCGUGGCCAGCAAGAAGAUUGA